AUGUCGGGUGCGUACUGGGACAGCCACCGCUACCCCGCUUACGACCGACACAUCACAAUCUUCUCCGAGCAGGGAAGAUUGUACCAAGUCGCCCGAUCGAUUGCCCCUCCCUGCGGUGAUGCCAUCGAGCGGGGCCUCCAACCACGGCCUCGAACCGCCCAACUGACGAGACGAUUGCGAACAGAAUAUGCCUUCAAGGCCAUCACAGCUGCCAACAUCAUGUCGAUAGGUGUUAGGGGCAAGGACUGUGCCGUUGUCCUGUCCCAGAAGAAGGUUCCUGAUAAGCUCAUCGACCCCGCCUCCGUCUCCCACAUCUUCCAGAUCUCCCCAUCCGUCGGCUGCGUGAUGACCGGUUCCAUUGCCGAUGCCCGUGCCUUCUCUCAGCGUGCCCAGGGCGAGGCGGCCGAGUUCCGCUACAAGUACGGCUACGAGAUGCCCGCCGAUGCUCUCGCCAAGAGACUGGCCAACAUCAGCCAGGUCUACACACAAAGAGCCUACAUGCGCCCGUACGGCGUUGCGACGACACUGAUCUCAUUGGACUCGGAGUUUGGACCUCAGCUGUUCAAGUGCGAUCCUGCCGGAUACUACAUUGGCUACAAGGGCACCGCCGCCGGCCCCAAGCAGCAGGAGGCCCUCAACCACCUCGAGAAGAAGCUGCGCAACAAGGACCACGCCCCCGGCGACUGGAGGGAGGUUACUGAGCUUGCCAUUACGACGCUCAGCACCGUCCUCAGCAUGGACUUCAAGAAGGGCGAGAUCGAGAUCGGUAUUGUGGGAGGCCCCCGUGCAGACGGCCAGGAGGGAACCGACCCCGGUUUCCGUACGCUGACCGAGGACGAGAUCGAUGAGCGGUUACAAGCGAUCGCGGAGAAGGACUAA